AUGGAGUGUGUAUGUGUCUCAGCUGAUCAUGAUCUAUUCGACGAGUGUAUCUCGCCAUCGGAUCAAAAGCUUGUAGCUGUGGAUGGAGGUGAUACCUUUACGAUUGGAAUAGUAGCUGACAAUGGUGAAGUAGUUGGAUGGGGACGAGCGUUCUACGGUGAGUUACCAGAAAAGCCUGUACACAUAGAGCCAUGCAAAGCAGUAGCAUGCGGCUCGAAUCACGUCUUGGCUUUGACUGCCUCAGGUCAUGUCAUGGCGUGGGGAUGGAAUAAAAAUGGUCAAGUCACAGCAGCGGCAGCAGAAAACGUUGUGCGUAUUCCAACGACUGUGAAAUUUCCUAUUCAACCGCAGGAUCAUUUACCUGUGCGGAUCGUCGAGGUAGCUGCUGGAGGAAUGCACUCGAUGGCAAUUGACACCUUUGGCCGUGUCUGGACAUGGGGAUGCAACGCUCAUGGACAACUUGGCACUGGCUCAGAAAUCAAGCAAUUCAAUGCACUAUCGCUUGUUACACUGCCGCACAACGUCCAUGUCAAGAGAAUUGCUGCUGGGUGGGCACACAAUGCGUUCAUCUCGACGACAGGCGAGGUGUUCACUUUCGGUUGGGGGCAAUAUAACCAGCUUGGCCACGGCUCUACUCAAGACGAGCUGCGUCCUGUUGUCGUUGAUGCUCUCCGUGGACUCGACAGUGACGUUGUGCAGGUUGCAUGCGGCAACUGGCACACUGCAGCGCUGACAGCAUCCGGUGAUCUGUACACGUGGGGCUGGGGCAAGGAUGGUCAAUUGGCCCAUGAAGCUUCUGUUGCAACACAAGUACUUCCGCGCGUCGUGAACGUAUCGUCAAGUUUAGGUGUGAGUGACGAUGGCCAGGACGUGAUGGCAAUUGCGUGUGGCAAUCGCUUCACCUUGGCAGUGUGUCGUGACGGAUCUAUCCAUUGGUGGGGUCCGCAGCCAGCAGGAUUUGAUGUGCACGGUAUUCUGGCCUGCCAUAAAUUGUCACGACAUCCAGGGUGGCUACCCCAGGAUGGACUUCACGUUCGCAAGCUGGCAGCUGGCAAUUCGCAUGCUCUUAUGCUGAUAGAGAGAGUACAAACAGAAAACGCUGAAGGCACUACGUAA